ACUGGGUGAGCCUUCCUAAAUACGAAUCUUUUUAAGCGUAAAAAUCUCCAAGGCCGCCCAUGUCACGACAACGACAUCAUCAUAUUGCUUCUGUUGUUUAGCUUUUAUUAAAGCGUUCUCGUCCAAUCUCCAAAGAAGAAAAAGUCAAAACGAUUUUUGAUCGAAUCAGACGGAGACAAAUAUGGCUUCGUGGAAUUCGAUACCCCUAGAAAUCUUGUACGAGAUCGUCGGAUGGAUCACGUUUGCCUCGUGGUCGAUUAGCUUCUACCCUCAGAUGCUUUUGAAUUUCAAAAGAAAAAGUGUUGUUGGGUUGAACUUCGACUUUGCUCUUUUGAAUUUCACAAAGCACUCAUCGUAUAUGAUCUACAACGUCUGCCUCUACUUUAGCCCCUUUAUUCAGAAACAGUACUUUGACCUUUAUGGAGACAAAGAGAUGAUACCUGUGGCUGCAAAUGAUGUUGCAUUCUCACUCCAUGCUGUCUUAGUGACAGCUUUUACCCUCUUCCAGAUCUGUAUCUAUGACCGUGGAACUCAAAAAGUAUCCAGAUUUGCAACAGGUCUUGUGAUCCUUGUCUGGGGGUUUGCAGCUACUUGUUUCUUCAUCGCUUUACCUACACGUUCUUGGCUCUGGCUCAUUACCAUCUUCAACUCGAUUCAGGUUUGCAUGACAUGCGUCAAGUACAUUCCACAGGCGAAGAUGAACUUUACUAGGAAGAGCACAAUCGGGUGGAGCAUUGAGAAUAUUCUUCUCGAUUUUUGUGGAGGAGUCUCUAAUUAUCUCCAAAUGGUUGUUCAAUCGGUUGACCAAGGUUCUUGGGUGAAUUUCUAUGGGAACAUUGGAAAGACUCUUCUGUCACUAGUCACAAUAUUUUUCGAUAUCAUUUUCAUGGUUCAACACUAUGUGUUGUACCCUCCGAAGAAAGUCUCAAAAUCUGUUGAGGAAUCGAAGGAGCCUCUCAUAGAUGCUUCUCAUGAACAAAUUUAGAAUCAAAGUCAGGGAAACAAAACCUUUCUUAGUUCCACAGCAUUCCCUUAUGUACAUAAAGUAAAAACUUUGUUGUAUUGUUAAGUAACUACAGUGUAUGUAGUUAUCACAAUGUAAAAGAAAACGAAUGCAUACUAACAACGGUCAUUCUUGAGUUUCUUGUAAAAGCAAGAAAACUUUUUUUUUGAAAAUUGUCCAAACAUAUUUAUUUGGUGUAAUUUAUUUCUAUUGUAUAAGUUUGUGAUAAUCUUUUUGUCCUUGAUGAUUA